AUGAGGUUUAUCAAAUACGCUUGCAGAAGAGUCGCUCUUUCCGCGAACCUGCAUCACGUGUGCAGCCGUGCCACUGAUGCAGCUGUGGGGGCUCAACCUAAAUCGGCUCUUUUGCUC